UCUGUGGUGGUGUCUGUGUGAAAGCAGAACUUUUCAUUCGGGCCUUAAAGAAUUCGCACCGUCCUUCUGGAUCACUGAGAAUCUUCUUGGUCGUUUUGGAAGGUUUCCAGCUCUGCGUUCCUGUUUGGUUCUCACACACAGUUAGAGGUCGUCUCACACACACACCACCACUGGCUGACAUCACUGGGACCCCUCCUCCCCACGACCACUGCCACUCAUCCCUGAACCCCUCCUUCCUCCUUGGAGCAACCAUGGCGUUGUCUUCACGCUUAAAGCUGUGGGAGCAGAAGAUAAAGGAAGAGAACAAACCGGUGCCUGCAACCAUCCCUCCACCGCCGCUGUCGGUUCUGCCAGGAGGGAUCCUGAAACAACUCGUCAGAGAUUCAGAGAAAGAGACCAAACAUAAAGAGCCAGAGGUCAAAGAGGUCAAAGAGGAGAGAGCACCGAGCAAACUGAGCGACAACCUGGUGCAACAGUUUCUGGUCCCAGAUCAGACUCCUCCAAUCCUGGAGGCAGAGAUGGCGCUGCGGGCUGAACAGGUCAACAACAACAAACAGAAAAGGUCCAACUCUGCCCAGUCGGAUGACAGGGCCUCAUCUCAGCGUCACAUAAUGACUCCAGACUCUGACAGUAAACUGGAAGGCAGACAAACUUUAACACCAGAGCCACCAAAGCAAAACCAGCAGCAGGAAAAGAAGCAGGAAACGAGCAGCAAGAAGCCAAUGCAGCCCGAUCGGAAGGAGGCGACGAUAGAGGAGGUGAAGCAGGUGGAAAGAAACCAGAAUGGGAUUGAAGAGAGGCAAGAACCUGAGGGAAGGCAGGCGGACACAACUGUAACAGAGCAGGAAAGGAAAGAGGUACAAACCUCAUUUCUUGUCUUUCCAGCCAUUCAGCUGAAGCCAGAUGAAGGCACACCUGAACUCCCAGAAGGCCGGGUGAGAGUCCGCCUGGAAACAGACGGGUCGUUCCAUGAUGUUGCAGAGGUGGAAGUUGAGAAGUGUAACCCGUCAGAGCUGGACCUGUGUGAAGAUCUGAGCGACCUGCGGAGCGUGAAUGAAAGCGGGGUUCUGCACACUCUGACCACUCGAGCUAAAGCCAACAUGCCCCUCACACAUGCUGGCCCCAACCUGGUCAGUUUGUGGCCCCCCCUUCAGACCCACAGCAAGACACCAAAAUCACGGCGAGGGGAGUCUUUGUGGGACGCCCCUCCUGCUCUGGCAGCCCUUGUCAAACGGGUGUAUUUGUCGUUGGUUGGAACCCGGAGGGACCACAGCGUGUGUGCGCUGGGACGAAGCGGCACAGGCAAGACCACCACAUGCCAAGCUUUUACACAUGCUCUGCUGAAACAAGCCGGGACAGCUGGACAAAACAUCAGCGUGGAGCGUGUGCACGCCAUGUUCACCAUCCUGAGGUCCUUUGGCUGCGUGAGCUCCCAGCACAGCGACGCGUCAUCUCGAUUUGCCAUGGUCUUCUCUCUGGACUUUAACCAUGCCGGUCAGGUCUCUGCAGGACACCUGCAGACUAUGAUGCUGGACAAAUGGAAAGUCUGCCAGAAAACUCCAGGAGAAAGCAACUUCCUGGUCUUCUCUCAGAUGCUGGCGGGACUCAGCACAGAAAUGAGGACAGAACUGCAGCUGCACCAACUUCCUGAAUCCAACUCCUUUGGUAUACUUCAGCCAACCAAGGUGGAGGAAAAACAGCGAGCGUCUGUUGCCUUCACCAAGCUGCUGACUGCCAUGGAAACACUAAGCUUCUCUGUCGGCGAGCAGAAGGCGAUCUGGCACGUUCUGGCUGCUAUUUACCACCUGGGAGCUGCUGGGGCCUGUAAAGUGGGCAGAAGGCAGUUUGUGAACUUUGACAGCGCUCAGGCAGCCAGCAGCGUACUGGGAUGUGAGGCGGAGGAGCUGGACACUGCCGUCUUUAAACAUCACCUGCGGCAGCUUCUGCAGAAAGCCACCGGAGUCAGCAGAGAAAGGAACGAAUCUGAUGAGGGUCCCCGUCUAACAGCUUCCCAGUGUUUGGAUGGGAUGGCUGCUGGACUCUAUGAAGAGCUUUUCACCACCAUAGUCUCACUGAUCAACAGAGCACUGAGCAGUGAGCAGCUGGCGCUAGCCUCUGUGAUGGUGGUGGACACGCCAGGCCUGAGGAACCCCAGACACUGUGCAGAAGAGCGAGGGGCCUGCUGGUCCGAGCUGUGUCACAACUACCUGCAAGAGCGUCUGCUGGAGCAUUACCACGCGCACACCUUCAUACACUCACUGGAGAGAUACGCACAGGAGAGGAUUAAUGUGGAGUUUGAGUGCCCUGAGAGCAGCUCUUCAGAAGUUGUCUCCGCCAUCGAUCAGUCGCCCCCGCAGGUCCGGGCAGCAGAUGUAGACCCCCGAGGUCUCCUGUGGGUUCUGGAUGAGGAGAUGAUGACACCGGCCUCCUCUGAAGGUGCCGCCCUUGAGAGGGUCUGUCAGUAUUACAGCAACACAGUGCGUCAGUGUGAGCAGCCUCUUCAGUGCGAGGUGAACCACCUGACUGGCUGUGACCCUGUCCGGUAUGACCUGACGGGAUGGUUCGGUCGGAUCCAGAACAACCCAUCAACUCUUAAUGCCAUUACUCUGCUUCAAAAUUCCACCAUAGGUGUGGUGAAGACUAUGUUUACACCAAGAAUCUCCCUGCCCCCUCUGUGUCGAGGCCUGGGCGGGUUGGAGGGCGGCAGUCAGCGGGCUCUACAGCGGAACGGCACCAUCCGCAAAACCUUCAGUGGUGGGAUGGCAGCAAUACGUAGACACUCCCAGUGUAUAGCUGUGAAGCUUCAAGCAGAUGCUCUGGUGAACCUGAUCCGUCGAGCCAGGCCGGUGUUCCUGCAGUGUGUGGAUGCAAAACCAAACGGCGGCACCUUUGAUGUCCCAGCCCUUAGAGCUCAGCUGCACAGCACUCAGAUCCUGUCGGCCCUUCAGCUCUACCGCACAGGUUAUCCAGAACACAUGACGCUCAGUGAUUUCAGGUGCUAUUUUCAAGCUUUAUCUCCUCCCAUUAUGAAGCGUUAUGCCUCCAUAUUUGUCAGUCACGACGAAAGAAAGGCAGUGGAGGAGCUGCUGGUCGAGCUGGACAUAGAUAAAAAGAGCAUUGUAGUUGGUGCCAGCAGGGUUUUCAUGAAGCGAGGUGUGUUACAAUACCUGGAGCAGCAGAGGGAUCAGCAGGUCACUGGGUGGCUGGUUUACCUCCAGGCCGCCUGUAAAGGACAUCUGGGACGUCAGAUGUACCGCAAGCUCAAGGUACAACAGAUGGCGGUAAGAUGUCUGCAGAGGAACCUACGGGUUUUGAACACUGUCUCCAAAUGGAGCUGGUGGAAACUUUUCUGCAGGGUACGUCCUUUGCUUGAUGUCAACAUGGAAAACGAAAGACUCAGAGCCAAGGAGGAUGAGGUGUCAGCUCUGAGGCGGCGCCUGGAGAAGUCUGAGAAAGAGAGAAAUGAGCUGAGGCAGGCAACAGACAGCCUGGAGACCAAGGUUACGGCUGUGACAUCUGAGCUAAGCGAUGAGCGUUUCCGUGGAGAUGCGGUGGGCCAGGCUCUGGAUGUGGAGAGGGCGGAGAGACUUCGACUCAGCAGGGAGAACAAAGACCUGCUGGCUCGGCUGGACCAGUUUAAAGUUACCAUGGAAACCCUGGAGAAGCAGCUGGAGGAGGAGAAGCAGAAAGCUCAAGCUGCUGCAAAUCAGAGAGGAGCUGCAACAGAGGGUGAACUCACCACGCAGCUGGAGUGCUGCCAGACGGAGGUGGAGUUCGUCCGCAGGCGACUGAAGCAGACGGAGGAGAAGCUGGAGACGGAGAGGCAGACCAGGCAACAGCUCGACGCCAAGGUCGCAGCACUGCAGGCCCAGCUGGAGCAGUCUCGGAGGAGCAUGUUGGAGCUGAAACGUCACUGCCGCCGGGUGACCUCUGACCUUCAGGAUGCUAGAGUGCUCAGCGAUGCCCUGCAGAGCCGCAUGCAUGAACUGGAGCGCAAACAGAGAAGGUUUGAUAAUGAGCUGGCUCAGGCUUUAGAGGAAGCCAAUAACACCAGAGAGCAAAAGGAAAAAGUCUUACAAGAGAAUUCAGCUCUGGGGACUGAAGUAUUCAACCUGCGGCGCAGCCUACAGGAGAGCCAGUCAGAGGUGAGUCGCCUGCAGAAGCAGAAGGAGGAGUUGUGUGCUCAGAUCAGAGACCUCAGCCUGCCGGUUGAUCUCGCCUCAGACUCGGUGCCUGACAUGAAGAAACAGAUUCGUCUCCUGGAGAGCCAAGCCAGCGAGAGAGCUGAAGAAAUGGCCAAACUCUCCGCCCAAAUUCAGCAACAGCAGCAGAUCCACAUGCGUUUUGAGAUAGAGAUGGAGAGGAUGAAGCAGAUGCAUCAGAAAGAGUUGGAGGACAAAGAAGAAGAGCUGGAGGAUGUCCAUAAGUCCUCUCAAAGAAGGCUCAAGCAGCUGGAGAUGCAGUUGGAGCAGGAGUAUGAGGAGAAGCAGAUGGUGAUUCAUGAGAAGCAUGACCUGGAGGGACUCAUUGCAACUUUGUGUGAGCAGGUGGGACACAGAGACUUCGAUGUAGAGAGGAAGCUAAGGAGAGACUUGAAGAGAACCCACGCUCUGUUGGCUGACGCCCAGCUACUCCUCGCCACCCUCGACAGUUCUGGACAGAACCUUCCCGACGGCAGCAAAGACCAAAUUGAGCGUCUGCACUGCCAGCUGGAGGAAAGUGAGGCGAGGCGGCUGGAGGCCGAGAACAUGCAGAAGACUCUCUCUAUGGAGCUGGAGAACACCCAGCUGGAGCUGGAGACAAUCUGCAGGCAGAAGAGUGUGGUGAGA